AUGCCUGCAGUGGUGUCUUCUGUGGAGGAAUGGUUUGAGGCCAUCCAGGCCGGCCAGGUCGAGCUGAUCCGCAACCACGCAGCAGAGUACGCCAAGUCCGUCAACGGUGACGGCGAGACGGGCCUGAUGAUCGCCGCGCGCGAAGGGAACGUGGAGCUUGUCAAGAUCCUCGGCUUCUUCGAGAACGGCAUGGUCAACGGCGAGGGGAAGACCGCCAUCAUGAUCGCCGCCGAGGCCAACAAGGGCGACGUCUGCAAGCGCCUCGUCGCCUAUGAGGUCAACACCACCUACGGCGACUUCCAGAUGACGCCCCUCAUGCUCGCCGCCGAGCACGGGUCGACCGCGGCGGUCAGCAACCUGCUCCCCUACCUCAAGGCCAAGACAGACGCGCGCGGGCGCACCGCCCUGAUGUACGCGGCGGCGGCCGGCCACACGGACGUGGUGAAGCUCCUCGUGGUCCGCGAGAAGGAGAUCGUCUCGUACGACCACAAGACGGCGUUCGUGCUCGCGGCCGAGAACGGGCACACCGACAUCGUCCAGUGCCUCGCGUCCUAUGAGGCGAACCUGAUUCCGGAGUUCACCCGCCCCUCGCUCAUGAACUUCUCCUCGUCCCAGGUCGGAAACCCCGCCCUCGACCUCUCCCUGUCAUUCUCUCUGAUCGACGCGCACCGCUUCCCCGGCGGACAGGCUGACUCCCUCACGCAGACCAAGACGCAGCUCGAGCACGAGCUCGAGUCCAAGAUCAUGCAACUCGAGCUGAAGCUGGCCUCGCUGCACGACGAGUCGUCGAUCGUCAUCGGCCAAAACGUCUCCCUGCACGGCCAGGUCAAGAACAUGGAGGAGAACAUCACCACGCUGCGCAUCGAAAUCAGCAGGCUCCAGUCCGAGACGGCCGACAAGGACGCCAUCAUCAGCGACCUCAAGGAGCGUCUCUCCGACAUGGAGGGAAUGCUCAGCGCCGGCGGGUCUGGUGAGGACGUCGACGGCCUCAAGGACAAGAUCAGGGCGCUCCAGUCCGAGCUCGCGGAGAAGGAGAGGGACAUCCGCGCCCUCAACGAGCGCCUGACCGCCGUCCCGUCGCCCACGGGAGACGCGGCCCUCCUCGCAGACUACGAAAACAAGAUCAGCGCCCUCCGGGAGGAGCUGGAGGCGCGCGAGUCCGACCUCUCGGGGCUCCGGCCCAUCGUCGAGAAGACCAGGGCCUUCGAGGACGAACUCGCAGGCCUCCGGUCCAUGCUCGAUGAGCGCGACGCACGCAUUGCCGAGCUGGAACAGGCAGCCGCCAGCCAGGACGAGGCGUACGCCACGCAGAUUCUCGAGGAGGAGGUCGAGAGCCUCCGCCAGGCCCUCCUCGCCAAGGACGGGGAGCUCGAGGCCCUCCAGAGCCGCCUCGAGGAGACCCUGGCCAGGGGAGGCGAGGCGGCGGACUUCGACGCCAUCAUCGCCGCCAAGAACUCGGAGAUCGCCCGCCUCCAGGACCUCGUCAUGCGCGCAGAGAGCGCCCAGAGGUCGUCUGCCGAGGGCGAUAAACGCGUGGCCCAGCUCGAGGCGCAGAUCGCAGGGCUGGAGAGGCUCCUCGCCGACGCGCAGGGCGGCGACGACGAGAGGGUCAAGGAGCUCAACGAGCAGAUCGCAGACCUCCAGUUCGAGCUCGCCAACGCGAAGCAGGACAUCGACGAGCGCGACGACGAGAUCGAGCUCCUCCGCGACCGCAUCCAGGAGGAGAUGAAGAACAGCGCGGCUCUCCAGGAAAGGGUGGACGCCCUGGAGGCAGACGCCACGCGGGGAGCAGACGCUGCAGAGUACCUUGCACGCAUCGAGGAGCUCCAGCAGCAGGUCAAGGAGCUCAGCGGUAGGUCGCGCGACGCCCCCGCAGACGAGACGGCCAUCCGCGCCCUCGAGGAGAAGAUCAGGGCGCUGACCGAUGAGAUCGAGGCGCGCGAUAACCAGAUCGCAGAGCUCAAGGAGCUCGUCGACGGCGCGCCCGCCCAGCCGGUCGAGGCCGACCCGGCGCAGCUCACCGCGUUGGAGGAGGAGAACGGCCGACUCAAAGACGAGCUCCAGGCCCUCAAUGACGCGCUUGAGGCCCUCAGGAAGAGCGGUGCAGACGAGGCCAGCGGACUCCGCGGCCAGGUCGCCCACCUCAACAAGGAGGUCUCUGACCUCAAGGAGGCGCUCGCCAACGCCCGGGCGAGCGGAGACGCAAGCGACGUGGAGAAACUUGUCGAGCUCCAGGAGCAGCUGGAGGACGCGCAGGAGCAGCUCCUCUCGCUCAAGGACAGGUACGACUGCGCGGUGGCCGAGAUGGAGGACAUGCGGAGGGAGCUCGAGCAGAAACCAGUGGGUUCGACGGUCUACACCGAGGAGCCCGGCGCAUCCUCCGAGGACCUCGACAGGCUCAAGGAGGAACUCGACGCGCUCAGGGAGGAGGUCCAGGUCCUCAACGAGGAGCUCGAGGUCAUGCACGGCCAGAACCGCGAGCAGAAGGACGAGCUCAACAGGCUCAACGGCGCCCUGGACGCGAAGGAGAGCCUCAUCGCGGACCUCAAGGCCCAGCUUGACAGCACCGUGCCCCAAGACGACGCGCGCAUCAAGAUCCUCGAGGAUGAGAUCGCGGACCUCCGGGGCACCGUUGCCGCGCGCGACGACGCAAUCCGAGGACUUGAAGAGAAGACCGCGCGACUCGCCGAGCUCGAGCAGCUCGCUGCAGACAAGGGCAAGGAGGUCGCCGACAAGGAGCACAGCCUCCGCCGCCUCGAGGACGAGGUGAGGCAGCUCAACGACGCCCUCUGCGAGCUCCGCGAGAAGCCGCUCAGCGUGGCGCCGUCCGACCAGUCCGGUGCGGAGUACGUCGACGCCCAGACGGAGAUCAGCGACGUCGACCCCGAGGAGCAGGCCAAGGUCUCGAGCAUCCUCGACUUCGACGACGGCCUGGUCCAGAAGGUCGACGAGCUGCAGGCCCUCGUCAACGCCCUCACCGGCGAGAACGACCACUACAAGGGUGAGCACGCGCGGAUCAUGGCGGAGAUGGAUGCGCUCAAGGAGGACCUGCGCAACGGCAAGCUGAGGAGCGACUCCCUGGAGGGCGACAAGGAGCGGCUCAUGAAGCAGGUCCGGGACCUGACAGACCUGGUGGAGAGCCUGCGCAAGGACCUCGGCGCCCCACAGGACCAGGGCGAGGUCGCGGCCCUGCGCCAGGAGGUUGCCGACCUUCGCAGCCGCGUCGACGAGCUGACCGACGCGGCGAGAGGCAAGGACGAGACCAUCGAGCAACUCGAGAAGGAGCUUGCCAUUGUCCGCGCCAGCGUCGAGAACACCGAGCGGCUUAGCGAGCUCCUCGCCGAGGUCGAGGGCUACAAGACCAAACUCGGCGAGAGCAAGGAGAUGGUCGACAGCCUCCUCGCCCAGCUCGCCAGCAAGGACGCCGAGCUCGCGGGCGCGACGACAGGCCUCAGAGCCGUCACCGAUGACGACGGCGCGGAGCUUGCGAAGGCUCGGGUUGCCUCCCUCGAGAACGAGGUGGCAGAGCUCCGCGGGCAGCUCAGCGCCAAGCUCGCCGAGAUCGACGCCGUCCACAAGAACCUCGUCGACAGCGACGCCGAGGCCGCGCGCCUCCGCGAGGAGCUGGGCGGACUCCGGGUCCAGCUCGAGACCGCCCAGGUGCCCGAGGACACCGAGCGCGUCCGGAUGCUCGAGGACCAGCUCCAGGACGCGCGCAAGGAGCUUGCAGAGCUGCGCGCCGCGCUCGAGGCCAAGGAGAUGGAGACGGAGGGGCUCCGGGCCGAGCUUGCGACUGCGGACCCCGAGCUCGCAAACAAGCUCGAGGCCAGCGAGGCCACCGUGCGCGAGCUCAGGGAGAGCGCCGAGGCCCUCCAGGACAAGCUCCACGCUCUCAGCGACUCCAGGGCAGCAGACGGCGACCUCCAGAAGCUCGUCGAGCAGCUCGAGAAGGACCUCAGCGGAGCCAAGGAGCUUGUGGCGGAGCGGGACGCCACCAUCGACGAGCUCAAGCAGAGGCUCCGCGACACCGAGGAGUACGACGACCUCAAGGAGAGGAUCGCAGAGCUCGAUGACGAGAUCGCGGUCCUCAACGACGGGCUCAAGGACAAGGACGCCGAGAUCGCCGAGCUGCGCGAACAGCUGGAGGCCCAGCCCACCGCGACCACCGUCUAUCCGGAGUCCGGCGAGGAGGUCGGGGAUGCUGCGGCCCUCCGGGAGGUCCAGGACGAGAACGCAGCGCUGAAGGACGAACUCGAGGCCAAGCGGUCCCUCAUCGACGAGCUCCAGGACGAGAUCGACGGCCUCAAGCAGCAGUGCAGCGACCUCAAGGACGAGAUGAUCAAGCUGGACAGCGCCAACAACGACAAGAUCACCGCUCUCCAGUGCUCCCUGGACGAGAGCAGGAAGCAGAUCGCGGAUCUCCAGGAGGAGGUCGAGGUGCUCAAGAACACGGCGAACGACAUCGACCCGGCCGUCGUCGAGAGCCUGCAGGAGGAGCUCAGGAAGCUCCAGGAGGAGCUCGACGACCGCGAGAACACCAUCACGGAGCUCCAGGGCCUUCUCGACGACCAGGAGGGCAAGAAUGCGGAGGUCAGCGCCCAGAUCGAGGCCCUGAACAGGGAGCUGGAGGAGGCCCGCGACGCCAACCUCCACUCCGCAAACGACGAGCGCACCAUGGCGCUCGAGGCAGAGAUCGCCUCGCUGCAGGAGUCGCUCGACAAGGCCAACGAGGACCUUGCGCAGAAGACGGACGAGUGCGGCAAGGCCAUCAGCGAGACGGGCAACCUCCGGAAGGCCGUCGAGUACUACAAGAAGCUUGUGGACGACAUCCGCGCCGGCAUCGUCGUCCUCGACGACAACCUCUCGGCCCUGGACCUCCAGUAG